AUGUGUCACCCCAUCCAAUAUGGAUGCCAUGUGACGAACAUUAGUGCACACGAAGCCUGCCCAUCGUUCCACCAAAUCCAGUGGAGACCGGCGGCCGAUAAUCGCUAUGAUGGUGUUCUUUGCGGCUAUCCGAUGGCCUUCUUCACGACAUCGCUCGCAUUUAAAUGGCCGUAUAAUGAAGUGGGGCUACCAGAAAAGAGUAUCUAUCCCUGGAAUUCACCCGACGACACUCGCCAUUGGCGCUGCAAGAUACCAAUGGAACGCUUUAAUGAGGGAUAUCACAUGUUUGAAGUCCGGCCGGAGACG